GUCUUCCCCAGUCUCCAGUGGAUACUUCUACUUUCAACAUCACAGUAUCCCGAUCAACAUCAUGGCGAAAAGUGGAAAAUCACCACCGGGCUGUUUUGGUUACCCCUUGAGUAUCUUCUUUAUUGUCAUCAAUGAGUUCUGUGAAAGGUUCUCCUACUAUGGAAUGCGAGCGGUGUUGGUUCUGUACUUUAAAUAUUUUCUACGAUGGGACAACAACCUUUCAACUGUUGUUUAUCAUACUUUUGUUGCUGUCUGCUACUUGACUCCGAUCCUUGGGGCUAUUAUUGCUGACUCAUGGCUGGGAAAAUUCAAGACUAUUGUCUACCUGUCAGUGGUUUAUACAGUUGGGCAGGUGGUAAUGGCCAUAAGUGCAAUUCAUGACCUGACUGAUGUAAAUAAAGAUGGGACACCGGACACUAUUGAUGUCCAUAUCGCAAUGUCAAUGAUCGGCCUUCUCCUGAUUGCUCUUGGCACAGGUGGAAUCAAACCAUGUGUAGCAGCUUUUGGUGGAGACCAAUUUGAUGAAAGCCAGGAUAAACAAAGGAGUCGGUUCUUUUCAAUAUUUUACCUUUCAAUUAAUGCUGGGAGUCUCCUGUCUACCAUCAUAACACCGAUCCUUAGAGGACAAGAAUGUGGAAUCCACACUAAGCAAAAAUGCUAUCCUUUGGCCUUUGGAGUCCCAGCAGCACUAAUGGUUGUUGCUCUUGUUGUAUUCAUCGUUGGAAGCAGCAUGUACAAAAAAGUAUCUCCCCAGGGCAACAUUAUUGUCCAAGUGUGCAAAUGCAUUUGGUUUGCCCUCAAGAACAGGUACAGGAAUCGUAGUAAGACAAUCCCUAAGAGGGAGCACUGGAUGGAUUGGGCAACAGAAAAGUAUGAAGAACGUCUAAUUGCACAAAUUAAGAUGGUCCUGAGGGUUCUGUUUUUGUACCUGCCACUCCCCAUGUUCUGGGCACUAUUUGAUCAGCAGGGAUCAAGAUGGACUUUGCAAGCCACUACAAUGGAUGGAAACUUUGGUGCAAUUCAGAUCCAGCCAGACCAAAUGCAGACAGUGAAUCCCAUUCUGAUUAUCGUCCUGGUGCCAAUUGUGGAUGCUGUCAUAUAUCCUCUUCUAAGAAAAUGCAAGCUAAACUUCACGCCUCUGAAGAGAAUGACCGUGGGAAUGUUUCUUGCCGCCAUGGCAUUUGUUGCUGCUGCCCUUGUACAAGUCGAGAUAGAUAAAACCCUGCCGGAUUUCCCCUCUAGCAGUGAGUUUCAACUUAAAGUCAUCAAUUUAGGCAACACAAACGUCAGUUUUGCUUAUAUGGGAACAACUCCAAAUGUCGAGAUCGUCCAAGUAUCCCCUUCUCAGGCAAGUGAAUACAAGACAAUUAAGCUGUCCAACAAUGUGAAUAUUAGCUUUGAAAACGCAACCAUGGGAAUCCCCCUAGGAAGCCCUGUGGGAAAGACUCGAUACACUUAUAUCGUUACAACGACUCCUGCCUUCCAAGGACAAUUAGUUGAAGACUUAAGUGAAAAGUCAGAGCAAGGCAGCAAUGCAAUCAGGUUUUUCAACAACCUUAAUGAAAUGAUCAAUGUGACUGUGGCUAAUGUGGAGGUGGGUGACGUGAUGCCAUUCACAAUGUCCAAUUACACAAUGGUAUCCUUGGGAAUAAAAAAUAUUGCAGUUACUACUGAGAAGGGCCAUAAAUGUUCAGCUGAUUCUGUGAAAUUUGGAUUUGGAAGCUCAUACACCAUAGUCAUUAACAAAUGUACUUCUUUGCUACAAACUGAAUCUAUUGAAGAUAUCCCACCCAACAAAGUCCACAUGGCUCUUCAGAUCCCACAGUACUUUCUCAUUACAGCAGGCGAGGUUGUCUUUUCGGUCACUGGACUAGAGUUCUCAUACUCUCAGGCCCCAUCUAAUAUGAAAUCUGUACUCCAGGCCGGGUGGCUCUUGACUGUGGCCGUUGGCAAUAUCAUAGUCCUUAUUAUUGCUGGUGCCUCACAUAUUGGAGAGCAGUGGGCAGAAUAUGUGCUAUUUGCGGCAUUACUGGUGGCAGUUUGUAUAAUCUUUGCCAUCAUGGCCUAUUUUUACACCUAUGUGGACCCAGCAGAGAUUGAGGCCGGAUUUGAUACGGCGGACGAGAAAAAGAAGGCCAAGGAAAAAGAGGCAUUAGGUCUGGAGAAUGGAAAUGGACCUUAUUCACAAACAAAAAUGUAAACUUAAUCAACACAAGAUGUAAAUAUUGUAUUUGUCAAAUAAACACAUUGCUCCCAUCAUGGACAGUAUUUGUAUAGAACUGCCUGCAUGAGAAUGAAACCUCAAAGAAGAACCACACACACAAAAGAAAGAAGCUGUUAAGUAUCUCCGUGCCUUCAUCAUCGGGAAUGUCACAUAUAUUUGUUGAUUCGUUGCCAUAGCUAAAGUGUUUCAAUAAAAAUUAAUUUUAACUGA